AUGGAGAUCAAACUUCAAACAGGUUGCUAUGGGCAAAUAAACGUUUUCAUGGUGGCAGAUGUGAAUACUAUCCCUGUAGUUGGAGGAAAUAUCACCCUUAUAUGCGCCUACUCACCCAAGGCCCCUAAUCCCAGAAUAUUCUGGAAAGAUGGAAAUAAUUCCAUUCUGGCAUCACUAGACUGUGAGAAUGGGAUAUGCCAGAAUAAUGUUACCAACCCUACAAAAUUCAACACAACGUUUGAUGGAGAUGGUUCUGUGAGUUUGGCUAUACAAAAUCUGGCUGUACAUGACAGUGGAAAGUACAAAUGCUCGGUGACAACAAAUCGUGGAAAGCGGUUAUCUUCUUUAUGGGUGGCAGUUCUUGAACAAGUGCGGCCAAACGAGGUGUCUAUUGAGGGAGAUCUGGUGAGAAAUUUGACAGCGAAUGAAACCACGGAUGUGACCUGCAUAGCGAAGGGUGCCAGACCUCCUGCUGCACUACAGUGGAUCAUCCCGGAGUCCGUACAAGUUUCCUUUACCAGACAGACCAAUGUGAAAAAAGGGAAUUUCUACACCUCUUUCAGGAAGGAGAGCCUGAGUCCGUCUAGGGAUGCUCAUGGAGUGAGGCUCAUUUGCAAAGUGUCGCACCCACAACUUCAAGAACCUAUUGAAACUUCAGUUCUUCUCAACGUUCAAGCCCCACCAACUUCCGUAGACAUCUCCAUACCAUCAAGACCGAUCAGAGACGAUGGAAUCGGCGUUUAUGAUAUCAUCAUCUUCAAAGACAACCUCACAAACAUCACAUGCACCAGCAAUGGGUCUCGCCCAGCUGCAAAUAUUUCAUGGACACUGAACGCCAACGAAAUCAGCAAUGACGUCACAUCUCACUUUACGUAUAACCCAGUAGAUGAGACCUCCGACUCUCCCGAGAUACAUCUCCCUAAUAAACUGAUUGAAGGCAAUGUUACUAGUGUGACAUGUUCAACAGGCAAUGGUUAUCCACUGCCUUUGAUCCGCUGGUAUAUAGGGUCCAGGAACAUCACCAACCAAUCUUGGCCAAAUCAAACACAUAGUGACCAUGGAAGAGCUGACAUCACGAGUACACUCGAGUUUACACCAGCGAAAUCGGACAAUGGAAGGAACUUGACAUGUGAAAUUAUACAGAUGAUGGCAUUCACUGUUCCACCUAGACUGUAUCAGAAAGCGCAGAAGACUCUUGAGAUUCUUUAUCCACCUGUUAUUCAUGAACUUACUUUUCGGCAAUUGGUGAACGAUGUUACUUUCACUUGCCGAUCGGAUGCCAGCCCGCCUGCCUCCCAAUUCACCUGGUUUCGUAACGGGAAAAGUUUGGACGCCAGCAAUGGACAUCAACAGCAACGUACUGAUCAUCAUGAGGGGAAUACAACAUCCUCAAGCAAGCUAACCAUUCAAAAUGUUACUACGUCUGAUCAAGGGAAAUAUAUGUGCAAAGUGUCAACCAAUCUUGGUCGUGGCAGCUCGGCUAUCAACUACACAUUUGCUUCUACUCCACAGGCGCCAUCUAAUUUGAUAGUACAGCAAAAGCAGACGACAUCUUCAACCAUCAUUGUCGCCUGGCAACCAGGGUUCUAUGGCGGUUUCCAACAAACCUACACCCUUCAGUACUGUACAUACGAAAAAGAAGAUCCGGGUCAGAAAGUGUGUUACCACAAAGCAGACAUAAAUAGUACAACUUAUACUAUAAGGAAUCUAAAGCCAUACACCCGUUACGAAAUUAUUUUGUGGUCUGCUAACAGAGCGGGAAAUAGUAGUCAAAGGAAGAUCGUGUCUUCGACAGCACGUAAGAUUAUUCAUUUUUUUCAUUAA